AGAUACAGAAGCUGGAAGGGAUGUUACACAGAAGUUCGUCGCUGUUAAUCAACGCCUAUUUCCAUUGACUCGACAUCCCCAUCAUUCUGAUGGAAUUCCUCUCUCUGCCAAACUCUGCCAAACCCAAGGCAGUCUGCUUUGGGAGCGCGAGCACAAAGCACGCGCAAUAGAUAUGUAUAGCAUUGCACGUGUGCUAUAUUAAUGUGCAAUAUAAAUACGUGAUAUCUUUAUUACUGUUUUCGAAUUUCAAAGCGCCCUGUGAAUAGGGCGAUAUGUGAAUGACAAUAAUGUGAUUCCAGUAAGGCUUUAUACUAUAUGACUGGAUUAUCUUACACUACAGCGAAGAGACAGGUCCUGUAUUCCCGAUCAUUAGAUCUGACAAACAGAGAAUUCUCGUCAAGUCUACGUUAUAUCUGUCAUUAACCACGAUGAUGGAUUUUGAUUCUUUAAAGUCCGACAUUUUGAAGGAUACUUAUGAACUGAUAGAUGAUAUAAAAUCAGGGAGAGAUUUAGAUUUUCGAAAAAUGAAGUUAUUUUCGAAACCUAUUGAUUCCUUUUUUUCAUCGUCGUCAUCGUCAUCAGCUUCAUGUGACCCCCGGCGACGAAACAGCAAUCAGAGAGUGAAUGAUCUAAAACAUCGAUUUUCAUCCAUUCCCACAUUUUCAACUUUUAAACGAACGACACUGUCGGAUUCUGAACGGGACAAUGAUACAUUCAAACGCACAAAUGUGAAACGAUCCGAGUCUACAUAUUCUACUGGAAGUUACGACACCACAGACUCCAACGAAACUUUAUCAGAAAUGUCAGAUUCUUCGUUUUCACCAGGAAGUUCAAAAAGUCGCUUUAGUGGUCAUGUUAGGACAAACUCUUCGUCUUCGGAUAGUUCAAAGGUCGCCGAAUUAUCAAAGAAAUUAGAGGACAACUUCUUGAAAGACGAGAGGCAUUCAAUGCCGCACGAGAUGUAUUCAAAGUGUGAUCGGACGUUAAAUGACCUUGACCGUCCAAGGUCAGUGCCACUUAAUACAGGAAAUCCAAAUUUAUCUAAAAACUGGAAAGACAGCGAUUCUAAUUUCAAAUGUUUUCCAAGCAAGGUCAUGAACUCUCGUGACCUUGGAACUUACUCUCAAGGCAGACACAUUUCGAAUGGCUAUGAUUCUGAUUCUCGGAGCACGGUAACCGGAAGCGGAAGUAAAUUAAACUCUAUGAGUAGUUUUGAUUUCCCAUCUCUCUCAGACAGAAUGAACGAAUUUGAUGGCGAAACGAACUCGCCGGUGCUUCCAACGUCACCGUUAAGCCCAAAGUCACCCAUAGAUCUCAGCUCCCCACACCUUCCAAACCCCCCGAGCUAUGAACUGUCAAGAAACAUUAAUAAAUCCGAUCCGAGUGGAUUAUCAGCUACAAGCUCACUAAAACAGGACAGACAGGCUUGGGAGGAACGGACAAACCGGAUACAAGACGCCCUCAAGUGGCUGAGGUCGGAACUGGGGUCUUUACGAGCUCAGGACAAGGCUCUUCUCUCCUCGCUGAGUCGAUGUCAGGACACAAUAGAGGACAUAAAGAAACAAAGGACGGUCCUCAACGAGAAUGACGAGGAUGAUUUGGAAGAAGACGAGGAUGAGGAGGAGGAUCAUUGGGAGGAUUGGGAGAUAGCAGAGUUUGACAGACAGUGUCGCGAAAAAGAUUUGUUAAACAGUAAGCUGAAUCCAUCCACCGGAACUGGAAGUGGUAAAAUAAGACAAUUAAGCGGAAGAGACAUUCCCAUUAGACAGGAUAUUCAAGCUGUUGUAUAACCAACGCCACCGCAGUGUUCCGCUGUGCCAUAAAAUGCCACUUUAAAUUAUUUAUAAUUAAAUGUAUAUUUAACCAUCAAUGGAUUGUCACCGCGGAUACGCCUGUUUAAGGACUAAAUGUCUGGAUUUUUGUAUGGACGUUAGGAAUAUAUUCAGAUGGUAAAACUGUCAACUGCUAAUGAAUAGAAGGAGUCCUGCCGCGUGUCAUCUACUUAUAAAUACCUCAUCGUUUAUUGCAAUGCACUAACAAACAUCAUUACAGGUGUUUGGUCUGUGUGUCAAACUUCAUCUGAUUUAGACAAAGUGAACGGAAUGUUAUCUCUGAUUUACCCCACGGUUUUCUAUGCAUAAGAUUUUAGUCCCAAACUUUUAUUAUAUGUGCUUUUUGGUAAAGUGAAAACAGAUAAUGCAAAAAAGAAAAUUGAAUUGAGUGAUGGAUUAAAAACAUCACUUAUCAAGUUGUGUGAUCAAGAAUUUUUUGACCUUAUCGUUUAUUUAUUUCAUUUAUAAUAUUCUAUUUUCCCUUUUGAUCUCUUGAAAUAAAUACAGUUCUAGCAGCAUCCGUCGCAAGUGGAAGGUGCGUGGCAACAUUGGGUUUCUGCACGAUCAAUUGUCAUAGAGAUUAGAAUUCAACGUCGUUCGUAAUGUGUGCAAAUAUAGAUAGCAAAAUACGUGACGUCAUGGUGCCAAACAGAUGCUAUUAGAGGUGACGUGAUAGUGCCAAACAAACAGUUCUGACCAGUGCUGAUGAGUCUGGCCAGUUAAGGCGAGUCAGACCAGCACUGUCCAAUAUAGGCAAGUUCUGGCCAGAACUGACCAUUACUGACCUGAUUUACCCUGGAUUUAUAGUUUCUAUGCUGUGAUGCUUUAUUAACAAAUGACUUUUUAAAGUGAAGGUGAAAGUCACAAAAAAUUUAAUAAAUACCUGGCUAUGUCUUUAGGAAA